CUUUUCCUCCUCUCUGUCCAAUCAUCUUUUGAAACCCCUCCCUUUGCGAUCUCCUUCUCUCUCUAAACUACCCAGGAAAAAACCUGCAGGAGAGAGAAAGUGCCAAAGGAAAAGCCCUGAUUCACGAAACCCUAGAUCUGCAAAACCCUAGAUCUGUACAAACUACAAGCCCUAGAUCUACAGAGACCCUCGCAUUAAUGGGGGCUUAGGGUUUCAGGCUCUCUCUCUUGCCUGUGUUCCUGGUCCCUGCCCUAAUGGCCAAACCCUAGAUCUGCAGAGACGUUGGACGUUACCCACUGUUAUGGCGGAAUAGGGUUUGAGUCGCCCGCUCUUACACUUGCUCUAUCUCUGCUGAGGGUCAUACGUAGCCAUGGCUCUCGUGCCUGAUCUCGCCGGAGAAAUCUGGCUGGAAGAAGUUGCAGAGGUGACCGGAAAAGCGUCUCAUUUGUGUGAUAUAUUCCCGAAACACGCCGGAAAGAGCUUGCCGGAAAAAAUUUCAGUGGUUACAGGUAAGCCAUCGCCGUCUUCUCAGUUGGAUCACUUUGAUAGGCUACCUGAUUCUCUUCUUUUACUGGUCUUCAACAAGAUCGGGGAUGUUAAAGCUCUAGGUCGAUGCUGUGUUGUCUCAAAGAGGUUCCAUGCCCUAAUUCCUCAGGUAGAUAACGUUGUUGUUAAGGUAGAUUGCGUCAUCUCUAAUGAAGAAACAGGGAUAUCAGGAAAGGGGAAAGGGGUUUUCAGCAGUUUUUUAAAGUUUUUUGUGUGCAGUUUCUCAAAGCCAUUACAGGUUCUGCAACACCUUUUAGGCCCAAGAAAAACUGGUUUAACCGAGGUAUCUCACCAUUCUCCCAAUGAGGUUUUGAAAAACUUCAAUGAGAUCCAAAGCCUCAGAAUUGUUCUUCCUGGUGGUGAAUUGGGGAUUGAAGAGGGGGUUUUGUUGAAAUGGAAGGCAGAUUUUGGCACAACAUUGGAGAGUUGUGUGAUUUUAGGGGCCUCUUCUGUUACAAACCAAGAGAAAACUACGGUGUCUUUUGAAGAAGAUGGCUUCGUUUCCGAGAAUAACCCUGGGGCUAUUGAAGAUGGGGCCAAUUUCCCUGACCCUUUCUACACAAAUGGGGGGUUGAAAUUGAGAGUAGUUUGGACCAUAAGCUCCUUAAUUGCUGCAUCAGCUAGGCAUUAUCUUCUUCAGCAGAUUAUUUCAGAUCACCCAACUUUGGAAAAUCUGGUUUUAACUGAUUCUGAUGGUCAAGGCGUUUUGUCGAUGAAUAAAGAGCAGUUACACGAGCUUAGGGUCAAACCUUUAUCACCUUGUGCUUCAUCAAGCAGAACCCAAGUUCCAGCUCUUAAUAUGAAACUCUGGUAUGCACCUUAUAUGGAGUUACCUGGUGGUAUGGUAUUGAAAGGUGCAACUCUUGUGGCCAUUAGGCCCAGUGAGCAACCAAUUCGAAAGGUUCCUGAUGGUUGGGUUUCUUUGGCUUUUGAAGAGCCUUUUAGAACAGCUGCAAGUUUGCUUGUUAAGCGCCGGACUUAUUGUCUAGAGAUGAAUUCCUUUUAAGUUCUAACCAUGGGAAUUCGAAGGAUUGGGUGCAGAUAAUGCAAAAUUUGAAGUGGGUUUCCUGGAAAGAUCUGUGACUUUUCUUCUUCUUAAGUGAUCAGAGGAAGCUGGAGAGCAGCGAAAAAAUGCUUGGGUCUGAGAGGUUGUAUAGAGGAGAUAAAGUAUGAAACUUUUUGCUGUUCUUAUUUUGAUUUACGAGUCUUCUUAUAUAUAAAUGUUAUGGGUAUUUGAUGGAAUGAUCUAUGGAAGGGGCGAGUUGUACAGAGAAGAUGUUUGCUUAUCCAUGAUGGGGCUCCUUCGCUGCAACUAGAAAGAUGGUCUUGGGUGAAGGUUACUUUGGCCCAUAAAAUAUGUGAACUUGUUAGAAGGAAAUUCUUAUGAAAUAAACAAGUUCAAGAUCAAUGGGUUUGUUUCUUUUCUUCUAUAGUGGAUCUAUGACUGGUUAAGUUAUGGUGAUUCCCUGUAUUUCAUUUUAUAGUCUUCAUAAUGGGGAACUUUUGGACCGAAAUGAGCGAUCUUUUUUAACAUAGCUUUGGUGCUUUAAUGGCGGGCAUUUACAGGAAGGAGAAUAUGGUCAUUUGGAAUCUUGGUCUGGUCUCCCAUUGUGUAAGUUGCUUUAUAUUCACUGUUGAUCAGGGAGCCAUGGCUUAGCUGUAUGGAACCUAUUUCCAUCUGUAAUGUCCUUUUCCAAAGCCUAAGGAAUGUUGUGGUGUGAGACGCCUAUCAAACAAGAAAAGCUGAUGUAGACUGUGGAAUCAACCCAAGUGAGUGCUUUAUUUGCAUCAACCCUGCCAGUCAAUUUUAUAGUGUCUGUAAACUCUUUGGAAUCUUAGAUAUCAGGAACCUUUCAUUGUUUAGAUGUUGUACAAUUGUUGCUUCUAAUGCUUGCCGGGGCUAAGUACUCCUUUAAACCCACCAAAUCAGUGUCAUACUCUGAAUCAAUGUGCCAUCUCUACUUCAUUUAGGAAUAGUGUUAAUGAAAUUGCUUAGAUACUAUGGCUGUAAUUCUGAAAUGUUUCCAGGACUAUGUACCUGUAUAAAUCAUAGGGAAGAAGUUUUAUUGAAAACAUCUUGAUUGCCAUCCAUAGUAGA